AUGAGCAGGGAGGCUCCCCCGGGCCUGGAAGGCAGAGUCCGGAAAACACUGCGGAAGGUCUUCGGGUUCGAGUCCUUCAAGACUUCCCUGCAGGAAAGUGCGACCAUGACUGUGGCAAGAGGUGAGAAGGAUGUCUUUGUAUGCAUGCCCACAGGGGCAGGGAAAUCCUUGUGCUACCAGCUUCCUGCAGUUCUGGCAGUGGGCAUCACCAUUGUCAUUUCACCUCUGAUUGCACUGAUUCAGGAUCAAGUGGAUCACCUGCUGGCUCUGAAGAUCAAAGCCUGCUCUCUGAACUCCAAGCUUUCUGCCCAGGAGAAGAAGACCAUCCUGGCUGACUUAGCAAGCGAGAAGCCCAAAGUAAAGCUCCUGUACAUCACCCCAGAGAUGGCAGCUUCCUCCUCCUUCCAGCCCACCCUGAACUCUCUGGUGUCCCGAAACCUCUUGUCCUACCUGAUCAUUGAUGAGGCACACUGUGUGUCCCAAUGGGGACACGACUUCCGACCCGACUACCUGCGGCUCGGCACCCUCCGCACGCGCAUACCCAAUACUCCCUGCGUUGCCUUGACUGCCACUGCCACCAAGGAGGUCCAGGAGGACAUUGUGGCAGCACUCAAGCUAAAGCAGCCACUUUCCACCUUUAAGACUCCUUGUUUCAGAUCUAACUUGUUCUAUGAUGUGCAGUUCAAAGAGCUCUUGGCUGAUCCAUAUGCCAAUUUGAAGGAUUUCUGUCUGAAGGCACUUGAAGUGAAGGACACCGCUGGGGUGUACUCUGGCUGUGGCAUUGUGUACUGCAGGAUGAGGGAUGUGUGUGACCAGCUGGCGAUUGAACUGAGCUACCGAGGGCUGAAGGCCAAGGCCUAUCAUGCAGGACUCAAGGCAGCUGACAGGACUUCAAUCCAGAAUGAAUGGAUGGAGGAGAAGAUCCCUGUAAUUGUUGCAACCAUCAGUUUUGGAAUGGGAGUAGACAAAGCAAAUGUCAGAUUUGUUGUCCACUGGAAUAUUGCCAAGUCAAUGGCUGGAUAUUACCAGGAGUCUGGCAGAGCUGGGAGAGAUGGGAAACCAUCCUGCUGCCGCCUCUACUACUCAAGGAAUGACCGGGAUCAAGUCAGCUUCCUGAUUAAGAAGGAGCUCUCCAACCUCCAGGAAAAGAAAGGCACCUUAAAAGAAUCUGACAAGGCUGUGAUGAGAGCUUUUGAUGCCAUUGUGAACUUCUGUGAGGAGCUGGGGUGUCGCCACGCUGCCAUAGCGAAGUACUUCGGCGAUGACACCCCUCCUUGUAACAAGUGCUGUGACUUCUGCAAGAACCCAGGGGCAGUGAAAAGGCAACUGGAGUCACUGGAGCGCUGCAGCAACAGCUGGAGCAAAACCUGCAUUGGGCCCACUGCUUCCUCCUGGGAUAGCUACGACCCAGAGCUGUACGAAGGCGGGAGGAGAGGCUGCAGGGGUUUUAGCAGCUAUGAUGAAGAAAGCAGUGGGAACUGGGAUGACGACAGUGAAGAGCGGCGGAAACUGGAGUGGGACAACUUCUACAAAAAGCAGAUGAGUCUGCGCAAAGGCAGAGAACCAGAAAAGGAAGAUUUUGUUCCUCCAAGUGCAGACUGUCCUCUGAAGGAUGCUGGCAGCAGGAGGAUCUCUAAGCUUACAGUGAAGGGACGGGAACACUGCUUGAAGAUUCUGGAAGAAGCUUUGAGCAACAAUCAAAAGAGUCCAGCAGCAGGAGGAAAAGGGUCAGACCCUCAUGCCUGUGCCGUGGAGCUGGAGUAUGAAGCUUUCCGGAGCAGCAAAAUGGCAAACUCAUAUAAGGCAACUGUGCUAAAGAAGGUAGCAGAAAUCAACAAAGCCUCCAAACAAGGAGAGUUGUUCUCAGUCUUUGGGUCUGGAACUUGUGGCAACAGCAGCUUGGAAACAAAAUGUGAGUCUCCAGCAGAAGAGGAGUUCCUUCCUGCAUCCCAGGUUUACUCAUUCAAGCCCAAGCGUGUGGGAGCAGGAUUUCCAAAGAAAUCCAACCUGUUCCAGACAGCCUCAGAGCUGCUGAAGAUCCAGGAGGAGAGUGAUACAAAGCCUGACAGAAAAGAAGUAGAUUGUCCAAAUGGGAAAGACAACAGCAGCUGCAGCCUGGAACUGGACACUGGAAACCCUGUUCUCCAGAGGCAAGAAAUGACAACCAAAGCAAUGUGUGAGAGUGCUGGGGUAGAAGUACACCCUGAAAAGAAGGGACAACAACCCAGCCUGGACACAAAAGCUGCCCUUUGGGAGAGCCCUACUAAGAAGUCCAAACGUAGCAAGAAGCAGCAGAUGCUUGCAGAAGCAGCUAAAAAAGAAUCACAGGAUAUUUCCAAAUUCUUCUCCCUCUCCAAAGGUGGCUCUAAAACCAAAAGCUGCAGCUCAGCAAAGGAAGAUGGCUGUUCUGCAGGCACACUACCUCAGGUUUCUUCUCAAAGCCUGUGUCAAGAGAAAGCAACACCUCAGGGAAACAAAGAUAUCUCUGGAGAUGCGACUGAACAGUCCCAGGCAGAGAAUAAAGAACUGAGAGAAACAGAAGUGACACUGACUGAGGCAGAGGAGGAUUUUAAGACUCAGCAGGCUGCUGAAGAUAAAGUCCUUGAGGAAGAAAUUGAUGUAAAGUCAAGUGUUGCUGAAAAUGUCACAGAAACUGAGCUGCCUGUUGUUAGGGAGAGUGAGAAUGGGAAGCGACCUGCAUCAGAUGAGGAUAUGGAAAGUCCUGCAACAAAGCGGCUACGAACAGCAGCAAAAUCCUCCAUUUUGACUCAACCAGAAUGCAGAAGUGUUGGCCCAACAAAGAAGAAGGUGACUUUUGAUCCAAACUUGGCACAGUGUGAUGAAGAAGGGACCAGCAAGGCCAUCCAGCCAGUGACCAAAGGCAUGUCCCUCAAAGAGACUGCAGACAUCGUUGUCAAAUAUUUGACCCCGUUCUACAAGGGUGGCAAAUUUGCUUCCAAGGACCUGUUUAAGGGCUUUGCCCGGCACCUGUCUCACUUGCUGACUGAGGAGCAGAACCCUGUCCGCAAAACAGUGAAGGAGGAAGCACAGAGACUCAUCAAGGAGUUUUUCAAAUCAAGAGUCAGGUGUGAGAGUGAGGCAGACUGGCAGGAGCUGCAGAGCUUGGAGAGCUGA